ACCAUGCGCUGCUUAUAAGCUCCAUGUUUCUCAAUAACCGUAGACGAAGAAGAAGUUGAACAGAGCUUAAUCCUCAGGCCAUAACAACCAAACGCAGAAAUGAUUAAAACAGAAGGGGAGGAUAUGAAAAGCGCAGCGAUGGUGGAGAUAGAGGCCAGUAAACCAGUAGGGAACGGUAAAGCGCAUGCAGGUCUAAGCCCUUUGAGCGAGACACUAUGGAGAGAGAAAACGUACACAGAACUACUCGGUGACGUAUCUGCAAGGCUGACAUGGAAAGAGCUUACAGUUAAAGUGGCGCUAGGCAGCGGCGAAACGCAGUGCGUGCUCGAUGGUCUGACUGGUUUCGCCGAGUCCGGUAGCCUCACUGCAGUUAUGGGCCCUUCCGGCUCCGGCAAAUCCACCCUCCUCGACGCGCUUUCCAGCCGCCUAGCUUCAAAUGCCUUCCUGUCCGGCACCAUUCUCCUCAACGGUCGCAAGAUCAAGCUAUCCUUCGGCACUGCAGCGUAUGUGACGCAAGAUGACAACUUGAUUGGGACUUUGACUGUGAGAGAGACUAUAAUGUACUCAGCAAUGCUGAGGCUGCCGGAUGAGAUGGGGAAGGAGGAGAAGCGGGCGUUGGUGGAGGGGACGAUAGUUGAGAUGGGUCUACAAGACUGCGCUGACACAGUGAUUGGGAACUGGCAUCUCAGGGGAAUAAGUGGAGGAGAGAAAAGAAGGGUGAGCAUUGCUAUAGAGAUUCUGAUGAGGCCUCGGCUUCUGUUCCUUGAUGAGCCUACGAGCGGUCUUGAUAGUGCUUCGGCUUUCUUCGUGACGCAAACACUGAGGGAUUUGUCAAGACGAGGAAGGACAGUAAUGGCUUCGAUUCACCAGCCGAGCAGCGAGGUCUACGAGCUCUUUGAUCAGCUCUACUUGCUUUCAGGAGGCAAAACUGUUUAUUUUGGAAAGGCUUCGGAGGCAUGUGAGUUUUUUGCUCAAGCUGGAUUCCCUUGCCCGUCUAUGAGAAACCCUUCUGAUCAUUUUCUGAGGUGCAUAAACUCGGAUUUUGACAAGGUUGAAGCUGCCAUCAGAGGAUCUUUGAAAACAGGGAGUGAUGAUCCUCAAGAGAAAAUAACAGCAGCAGAAACAACUCGAAGACUGACCGACUUCUAUCGCCAUUCUCAAUAUAGCUACUCAGCAAGAGAGAAAGUAGACAAAAUUUCUCGAGUUCAAGGAACAAUUUUAGAUUCUGGAGGUAGCCAAGCCAGCUUCUUCAUGCAGUCUUAUGUUCUAACAAAAAGAUCGUUUGUGAACAUGUCAAGAGAUUUGGGUUAUUACUGGAUGAGACUUGCUGUUUAUUUGGUUGUCACCGUUUGUAUUGGAACAAUCUACUUGAACGUUGGAACUAGUUACAACUCAAUCCUGGCAAGGGGUGCUUGUGCUGCUUUUGUUUUUGGAUUCCUCACCUUCAUGUCUGUAGGAGGAUUUCCUUCCUUUGUUGAAGAUAUGAAGGUUUUCCACAGAGAGAGGCUCAAUGGGCAUUAUGGAGUUGCAGCUUUUGUCAUCGGCAAUACGCUUUCUGCAAUGCCAUUUCUCAUCUCUAUAUCCUUUCUCUCGGGGACCUUAUGCUACUUCAUGGUUCGUCUUCAUGCAGGAUUUUCGCAUUAUCUGUUCUUUGUAAUAUGUCUGUAUUCGAGUGUCACUGUGGUUGAGAGCUUGAUGAUGGCCAUAGCUAGUGUGGUUCCUAACUUUCUGAUGGGGAUCAUUGUAGGAGCAGGGAUUCAGGGGAUCUUCAUGCUUGUUUCUGGUUACUUCAGGCUCCCAAAUGACAUUCCAAAGCCUGUCUGGAGAUAUCCAAUGUCAUACAUCAGCUUCCAUUACUGGGCUCUUCAGGGCCAGUUUCAAAACGACUUCAAAGGACUUCUUUUCGACAGCCAAAGCCCAUACGACUUGAAGAUCCCAGGAGAAUACAUACUUGAACAAAUCUUUCAGAUCGACGUGCAAAGAUCAAAAUGGUGGGACCUCGCCGUGCUCUUCGGCAUGAUCAUCUCCUACCGAUUCAUCUUCUUCAUCAUGAUCAAGGUCAGUGAGAGCGUAAUGCCAUGGAUCAAAGGAUACAUUGCGAGGAGAAGAUUGCAUAAGAAAAAAGGCACCAAGACUUUGGAAGAAUUAAUAGAACGAACGCCAUCUUUUAGAGGUUAUGAGCUCAAGCCAGUGGUUGCAGGUUCUUCGAGCUUAGUAUAGGAAAGCACAACUCAAUACCGCUUGUUGUAUAAAGCUGCAUUAUUACUACUGAAUAUUUUUACGUAGUCUUCUUGUUGGUUUAAGGUUUCGUUUGGGACGAUUUUUUUACUGUUUCUUAAAACGAUUUUUUAGUAUAAAAAUUAAAAUUUUUAUACAAAAAAAUUGCUUUAAGAAUCAGUAAAAAAGUCAUCUCAAACGAAACCUAAAUCUCAAUAACAAUUUUAUGAUGAAGGUUAAGCAUGCAUACUCAUCGAAUGUAUGUAUGGUGUUAUGGUGCACAAAUCUUUAAAAAAAAAUGGUGCAGAAAUGAUAGUAUAGGCUAAAUUAUAGUCUGAAAUAUUAUGACUUA